AUGGUGGUGCAUCAGAGAACUUCUGCCGCCUAUAUACGGCUGAGUUGCCAGACGUUUCGACGGAUCCACCGCCCUCUGCUGACUCAUCGACGCCGGAGAAGAAGUCGGUCGAGUGGCCUGCAAGCAAGUCAAACCGCCAUAGUCAUCGUAGCGAAUUAUAAAAGUUCGAUAUCCCGCUACUGUAUUGGAAUGAUCAACGAGGCAGUAACGAUGACACCUGUCGCCGCAGAACGCCCAGAGCUAGGAUCCGUCUCGUCACCCAGUUUCUGUUGUAGCGGAAGUGCCUAA